UGUCAGCGUCAAAAAACUACUGCUUAGUUGCUUACUGCUUUGCUUUUCUGUAUCGUAUCUCUUUCAGUUUUGUUGUUAAAGUGUACACAAAAACCCAAUUCAGACCGGAAUGCAAUACUGAAUAAGCUUAAGAAGAAUCAUGUUGUCCUCGCUAAUUAAAGAACACCAAACUAAACAAGCAGCGAAAAGAGUCAUACAAGAACAAAAACGCAAGGAAUGUAUAGCUGCAGCAAAUGACCUAACACAGGCUUUAGUUGAUCAUCUUAAUGUUGGGGUGGCUCAAGCUUACUUAAACCAAAAGAAGCUGGAUGCAGAAGCAAAAUUACUACAUCAAGGUGCUAUAAACUUUUCAAAACAAACUCAACAGUGGUUGGCGUUAGUUGAGAACUUCAGCAGUGCACUAAAAGAGAUAGGUGAUGUGGAAAACUGGGCCCGGAGUAUUGAAAAUGACAUGAAAAUUGUUACCGACACUCUUGAAAAUGCUUACAAAAUGGCUCAGGAACAGCCUAGCAAUACACAAAGCAACCAAUAAUGGAAUGUUUUCCUAAUUAAAUUAAAAGAGAAAUAAGCACAUUAUAUUGGAGCUUUCAAACAAAGAUAUUUAAGUUAAUGUAAGAAAACUAUUUAAAUAUGUUUACUAAAAUUACUAAAAUGUUGUAAGUACUGGUAUAAUUAAAAAAUAAUAAAGUACACAUAUAUCAUCCUA